AUACAUCGUUUUCAACACUAUGAUUGUUUGGCUUAUGCGUAACAGACUUAAAACGUGAUAUAGAAAUUUAAAGAUACUACUAGCUAAUUGAGUAGUAUAAAUAGCAGGCUAAAGAAACUCAAAUUUCACCAAACAAAUCUACCUUGAUUUCUUAGCUCUUCUGUUUUUUUACUUUGAAAGUAUUAGCAACUCUUCAGCAUUUUCUAUUCCCAUCAUCACCCCUAGUUUUUUGAAAGGAGAUAUGGCAAACAAAUCUUACGAGGAAGCCAUUGUUUCACUCCAGAGCCUUCUCAGUGAGAAGGGAGAACUGGGACCUGUUGUAGCAGAAAGAAUUGAUGAAAUCACAGCUGAAUUACAACAAAGCAGAAAAACCUUCGACCCUGUUCAAAGGAUCAAGUGCGGCUGGCUUUAUUUCAAAACGGAAAUAUAUGACAAAAACCCAGAACUGUUUGACAAACUCAAAAAAGGCCAGGAACCAAAGUUUUUGGUGUUUGCUUGCUCGGAUUCACGAGUGAGCCCAACCACAGUGCUAAACUUUCAGCCCGGUGAAGCUUUUAUGGCUCGAAAUAUCGCCAACAUGGUCCCUCCUUAUGACAAGCUUAGAUACUCUGGAGUAGGAGCUGUCAUCGAAUACGCUGUUCUCCAUCUGAAGGUAGAGAACAUUGUAGUCAUUGGCCACAGUGCCUGUGGAGGUAUCAAGGCUCUCAUGAAGCUUCCAAAAGAUGGUUCUGAAUCGACUGAAUUCAUUGAGAACUGGGUGAAAAUUGGAUUACCUGCUAAGGCCAAGGUGCUAGCUGAACAUCCGGAUUCAACUUUUGAAGAACAAUGCAAAUAUUGUGAGAAGGAAGCUGUGAAUGUAUCACUAGCCAACUUGCUGACAUAUCCAUUUGUGAGAGACGGUUUGGUGAAUAAAACAUUAGCUUUGAAGGGAGGUUACUAUGAUUUCAUUAAAGGAGAAUUUCAGCUUUGGGGACUACACUUCCAUCUUUCUUCUCCUUGCACUGUCUGAAGUACUCAACUACGUACCAUUUUCUGAAGGGGAGAUCAAGACGUACACACCUCGUUGUUGUUUCUUUUUCUUGUUGUAUUUGUAGUUGACGAGUACUAUAUAUAGUUUAAAAUAAAACAGAGGGUGGACAAUGAUUCUCCCAUUUUAUGUAUGGUAGAACUUAGAAGAGAAGUUGUGAACUUUUCUUCGUAAUAAUGGCUCUGUUUUGCAGAGGGAAGUACUAAUAAAAAAUGGAGUAACUAGUUUGUUUUA